GUGACGGAAGAAAACCGACUGUAUGAGAUGGGAAAUGAGUUGGAUUUGUAAAUCGCCCUAUAUUUUUCUACUUAAACAGUUUGAAUAUGUCUUAAAAUAUGGUUUAAAUAUGGAACCUUUUUAAGUAUUCUUAGUGCUAUGUUUGUCAUUUUAUAAAUGUUUGUAAAAUCAAUUAACUAUUUGCGUUAUAGUUAUAAGUUUUCGUGCUGAAUGAGCAUUUUGAAAUAUUUUUCUAUUUUUGUGUAGAUGAUUCAGUGGGGGACACAGCCUUUCUCUUAAAGUUGAUGUGAUGGUUGAAUAAAAUGUCUUGAUUACCAUAAAAAAAAUGGUUUUAUUGUGACUUGUUCUUGUCCAAUGUUUUUAAGGAAGAAAUUGUUGGUUGUAUUUUGCAUCCUCUGCUUCAGAUAGGAGCACUGUCAAAUUCACUUUGUGUCAGGGAAACAAGUCCUUUCAUCAUUCAGCAACUGACAUAAUUUAUCAUAACGUUAUGAUUGAGCUUUAAUCUGUGAUGGAGUUCAUUUUUCUCGACUUGGUGUGACCGUGUCUAGUGAUACGUGUGAGUGUGCAACGUCACAGUCUGUCGGUGGCAUGCCGCACCGUAUGUUUACACUUGCUCUGCCGUUUUUCACCUCUCAAAAGCAAACAUUUAUUCAAACGGCAUGUGAUUUGAGCGUUUUAUGGAUCCAUACACUUCAAACCGAGCAGCACCAUUUUCAGUGUGGUUUUCUUUCAAGCGGCCACUUGAUGGCGCUGUAUAAAGCGGUGGCGAUUCAAAGCACAUCGCAGAAGAAGAGGUUCUGUUUAGGAGCUGAGGUUUUCAUGGCACCAUGAGACCGUAGCCGGUGCCGCACAUCAAAGUGCUCUUGUAGUGAUAUUUUUACGCAUUUGUUUUCAGGAUAACAAAAUGUGGAGGUUGGCCAAGGUGCGUCACAAAUCGGGGCGUCUCGGCGUCACUUUGGAGGAGUUCAAAUUGAAGAGGCGAGAGCAAGAAAGAGCUCUGAGGCAGGCGCGCAGAGACAACCAGCUGGUGAGCAGGAGACUUCUGCUGUCAGACGAUGAAGAGCAUGACGUCAACAUGGACACCAACACAGCAGAAUUGGAUGUUGUUAGUUUAUUGCAUAAACUCCAACACAGCAGCCCAGAAAGAGAAAUCCACAUGAGACUCCUGACGAAAGCUCUGCGAGAUCCAUCCGUGCAACUCAGUUUUGUGAAGCAGGAGAACAGUGUACACCUGCUGGUUGGCUUCCUCAGCGGCAGUGACGCUCAGUGCCGUCUUCAGUCAGUACGAUGUCUACACGAACUGUCUCACUCUCCUCAUCCUAACGUGGCUCCUGCUUGUCUCCCUGCCACUCCCUACCUUCUCACUUACCUGUCAGGACAGAGCACCAAGUUCACUGGAAACUUCUGGCUCAGGGGAUUGUUCCUGCUUUGGCCACCUGCCUGGAGAACCAGAGACAUAAUCCCGCAGUGGUGGAAGCUGUGGCGUUCACUCUCUCUCAGCUUCUUCAGACUAAAGAUGCAGCUCCAAAACCAGUGUCGUAAGCACCUGCGGGUUUUUGUUCUAGCUGCUCAGCUACUGCUAAAUAAUCAUAUAUUGAAUGCUGAUCUCUGUGCCUUUCCCUCAAGGAUGGUCCUGGCGUCUCGCCUUCCUUCACUCUUGUUAUCAGUCCUGAAUCCUGACCCGGAAUUUUCCCUGGGCCCAGCUAUCGAGUGCGCCUGGUGUCUGCACUAUAUUGCAUGCAGCUGUGAAAAUAACAAAGCCCUGCUGACUCACGGGACGUUGACACACUGCAGUUCUCUUCUGGUGACGCUUGGUGAAGCUCUUGUUAAUGGAAACCAAGACGAAGGUCUGGAGUUGCUUCUCUGUCCUUUGCUUCGAAUUGUGGGAAACCUGCUCUCUUCGUGUCCCGCUGAGGAACUGGCCGGUCAGUUGACUGACUCUCGCCUGGUGGUCACUCUGUGUUCGAUGGUUCAGUCGACCGUCCAGACUCGGCCGUCUUUGGCCAGAGAGUCUGUCUGGGUCCUCAACAACCUCACAGCGUUCUCUGCAGACUUCUGCUCUGCUCUGUUGACUCACGACUUGGUCCACAGACUGAUCCAACUGCUGUCCUUCUCCCAGGGCAUCAACACGAUGGUUCUCAGAGUGCUAGCCAACGCCGCCUUCAGAGGAAAAGAGUUUUGCAUCACGUUGACGCAGCUGGGAUUAUUGACUGCCCUGUUGACCACGCUGAAAAUGACCGACAAGGAGAUGGUCUCUCUCAGUCUGGAUCUCCUCUUCAUGCUGCUUGUGUCGUCACCUCAGGUUGCGGAAGAGUUUGUUAAGAUCAGCUGUCUGUCAAUACUGGAAGCCCUUCAGUACAACAGUGACGGCGACAUGAGGCGGAAGGCGACAUACUUGCUGGAGCACCACCUGCUGUCUUAGCUGAAGAACUGCAUUGUAGUAACGCGAUGUAGUAGCACUUGCAACACCAUGUUAGAUCGAAGUGCGUAGUGAACUCAAAUGCAACUUCAUCCUAUUUUAUAAAUCACUCGAUCCGCUGUCGUGACUUGCAUUUAUGAACUAUGAUGUUUUUUAACGCCAAAAAAUUGCUUUUCUAUCAGUAUGAUGUUGUAAUUCUGUGCAGGCAGAAGUAUUUGUAUAUUCAUUGUAUUUUUAUACUCUACUAAAUGAUUAAAAUGAACUAAGCAAGUACUUUUUGUCCAGGUUUAUUGAAACCUUAAAAGAUAAAAUUUUAGUAUAAAAAUUUAAAUGACUUAAUUAUGUGUCAAUAAUGGACAGAAGGAGCAGCACGAAUGGAAGAAUCUGUGUUGCAGGUUGUGACGCAAUAACAUGUCAGAUCCAUGAUAUCAUCCCAUUUGGGUGUUCCAGCUGGGUUCUAAUGAAAAGCAGCCUUUUUUCAUGAGCCCCUCCCCUUCAUGUAAAAAAAAAUAAAGAGUCUCAAAUUCCCCCACUUCCUUUCCCCUCCCACAACAUUCCCAGCUUGCUGUCUUACACUCUGCUUUUCUGCACGAGGUGGGGUGCUUUUAAUAUCUUUGAUAUCUUUGAUGAUGGCAUCCUGACAACAUCGACAACGUCGUCUCUGUGCUGCGUCGGAACCGAUCUACGAACAGCAUUUGUUUCCUGGCAAUGGAAGGCUCAGAUUCCACAGAGAGGGGACAAGUGGGGCGGAACCAGAACUCCGAGCCUGAGCACACUAUCCUCAUGUCCAGCAAACCCCUCCACCGCUUCGUCCAGAAGGAGCCCAGAAGUCUUGGGAUUGUUCUUGUGCUCUUGGGCUGUGGAGAGCUGUUGUUGGGAGUGAAUUUAAUGGAUGGGCGCAGGGAUGACCCCUACAACCUCUACGUCCCCUUUUGGCUGGGAGCUGAGUUUGUUCUAUGUGGAUCCCUGUCCAUCUUCACUGGAGCAAAACCCUCCAAGAAGAUGGUGACUGUGUGUUUGGCCAUGUAUAUCAUUUCCAUUUUUGGGCUCAUCAUCGCUGCCGGCUACAGGAUCGACUACGUUGUUCAUCUUGUCCACAGACCAUUCCUAAGCGGGAUGUUUGACGAUGACUGGAGACUCAGAACAACGGAUCUACUUAUUGGCAUCGAGUGCGUUUUGUUUAUAUUGUCGUUGUGCGUCUCGGUGUUGCUCAUCUUCCUGUCCAACGUGGCUCGUUUAUCUCUGAAAUCUACUCACACACAGGUCAUUUUUCAGCAGGUCCAGGCGCCUCCCACUCAGCCAUCUACCUGAACUUAUGUGAUGCAGACACACACUACAAAUACACAUUUUAGGUUUAACGGUUGCUAUUGUGUUCAUUAUGUUCAUAUUACUGUGUAUGUGUAGAAUUCCAAAAGGGGCUUCAGGUUUCUAACAUUCACAAGCUCCUUUGUGAGCGCUGCUUUUUUUUUUAUUUUCAAAUGUUGAGGAUGAGGUUCUAAGGUUUUAUAGACGAAGAAUCAUCAUUAUGAUCAUUUACAUGAUAACGUUGCACACAAAUUUAACCCACUGAUAUGAGUCUUAAAAAAACACACAUUCCAUUAAAUGUCUUUAUGUCAAGUAAUAUAUUUCCAUCAUUGGUGUCGUACAUUUAUUCUGCAGCGGUGCCAGUGUUAGUGUGCCCCCUUAACUGUCGCUACAAAAGAAAAUGUACCUUAUAUUUAUGUUACGUCUCAAACUUGAUUUACCAUGUCUGAGCAGAAUUAAAAUCUUAAUUUUAUCGUAUUCCACAGGAAAUGUUUUGAUCUAGCAGAAUAAUAUAUAAAACGUUCAAAGUAAUUCACCUGAAUUUGUCUGAAACUGAAAAUGUAUAAAUACAUACUGGUGACAACCCGCAUUUUUAAGGGGAUACAAAAUGAGGCCCAACGCGUUUCCCAACCAAAGUCACCAACAGUAUUUGGAAAGUCGCCCACACUGACGAUGAAAGGAAAGGUAGUAGUUUAGUGCUGUUUAUUCUUUUUGUUUCUUUUUAAUUUAUUGUGAUAUGUUGAGUACAGAGCAUGUUACGAGCGUAAUUUCCCUUGGGAUUAAUAAAGUUUUUCUGAUUCUGAUAAUCCUGGUGCUCCAGAGCCCCCAGGUGGAUGGAUUGAAGACUCACACCUGGAAGAUGUUCUGGAGACCCUGUGCCCACCCGUGUCUCUGGUUCGAUGCCCUUAUUUCGAUCCAGGGAUUUUAAUAGAACAAAAGCCCAGUGACUUAUGUGCUUGUUUGAAUGCGAUCAUGAUGAUUUUGUCACAUUAUUUUGAAGGAGCCACGGCGCCACUUGUGACUGCCCCACCGGGUCAUCGCUGUCCCUUCAAGCACAUCCCUUUUUGUGCGUUGGUGAUUUGCGAAUGAGGAUUUAAGAGUUGUCACUGACACACUGCAACACAUUUGGUCACGUUUAUUCAUCGUCGUUUCACUGAAAGGACAGACAGAAGUUUGGGUUGGGCUCCCUCCUCUGUGUCACUUCAGGGGGAGCCGGUGUUUUGUUUGGUCCGUGUGUUUGCUUUGCCAUGGUUUAAUAGACGUAGCUGGCGGUGUACAGCGACUGCGUGGCGGCUGAGUCAGUUGCGCCCGAGGGAUUGUACUCUCCUUUGGCAGCCAGGCCGU